UGGUCCUUAUCAUAAUAGUAGUGUUUAAAUUACAUUUAUUUCAAUUAUUAUUAUUCAGUUUAUUUUAAUAAAUCUAGGGGACUUUGACACAUUCAGUUUAUUCAGAAUUUAAUUAAUUAUAAAAAUGACAGGUAAAUAUGAACGAAAAUACGUCAGAAACGGAAAUACGAGACAAAAUGCAUUGUCUAAUUUGCGACAGCCGGGUCGGUGUUUCAACCCGAAAUUCUGUGUCUAUUUUUUCCAAACAGAUACAAACCAUUUCGGGCUCGCCGAUGAACUCAUUAAUUUCAAAGAUUGUGGAUAAAGAAUUAAAUGAAGAGAAUGUACAUUCACUUGUAGUGUGUAAGAAAUGCUUCAAAUUAUUUGCUGAAUAUGAUGAGCUAGAGGUCAGAUUAAAUGAAAUAAAGUUUGAAGUUGGUAAUAAUUAUAAACGUACAAUUUCAAAACAUAAAUUUGAUAAUCAAAUGAUACGACAUGAUUCUGAUGUUCUUGAACAUAUUAAAAAAGAAGAUGAUUAUAAUAGUAAUGAUAUAAAAAAAGAACUUGAAGAUAAUGAAAAUAUAGUUGAUGUUUCACAACACAAUUAUUUAAAUAACACAAAUACCAAUAACAAUUCUGUAAAUAUAAGUAAAAAAUUUUUAACCAUCCCCUCAUCGGAUGAUGAAACAAUGGAGAGAGCACAAAAACGAAAAUUUGAAGCGGUCGAAUUAGAUUUGGAACGAUUGCACAGCAACGAAAUGGAAGUAGUUGAAAUGUCUACAACAGAAAUUGAAAUGGUUGAGCAGGGCGAUGAUGUGCCACAAAUAUCCAUUCCAGAAUGUAGUGAUCAAGAUGAUUCACAAGAAUUUCACCAUUAUGUUCAAGAAGACGAACCUGUUGAUGCAGGCGCAAUUGACAAUUCAGAUGAUUCUGAUUAUCAACCACCAAUGGUAUUAGAAGUUAUACAAGAUGGUGAAGAAAUUGAUAAUGAUAAGCAAAAUGGGGACGAUACUAACACUGCUGCUUUAUUGGAAGCUGCAGCAAUGGCAGAACAAACACUUCAAGAAGAUGGGUCCAUUAUAUUUAAUGUAAAAUUGGAACCGGGAAUAAUAUAUGAAGAAAUAAAACAAGUACAACGACGACCUAGAAGUUCGCAAGGUUUACAGAAGAAAAUAAUUAAAACAAAAGUUGGAGAAUACCCAUAUCCUAUUGUAUCACGUGAUGGAACUGAGUACACAUGUUUAGUAUGUGAUGGUAAUGAAAAAGUAAUUGGUGAUGCAAAAUCAAUAAUGGCACAUGUAAAAAACGAUCAUGAUUUACGUGUAUAUAUUUGUGAUGUGUGCGGUGAUGAUUUUCGCAAACGUAACGAGCUUAGUCAUCAUUUAGAUGAACAUGUUGCAACCGAAGAGGGCGAUUUUCAAUGUGAAGUAUGUAAUAGAAUAUUUUCAAAUUUACGGCUAUUCAGAAUACAUAAACGAAUGCAUUAUCCGCAAUCAAAAUUGUGGACAUGUGAAACAUGUGGCAAACGUUAUAGCUCAAAAAAUUUAUUAGAUGAACAUAUAAACACACAUACAGGAUUACGGCCUUAUGUGUGUGGAGUGUGUAAUAAAGAUUUUGCAUCGAAGUACACAUAUAGAGCGCAUAAUAAAACACAUGAAGUAGUUAGACCACGGCCCUACAGCUGUUCACAAUGUGAUAAAACAUUUUUAAGUCAACAAAAUUUAACUCAACAUGAACGAACACAUACUGGUGUUAAAGAUUUCGUGUGUCACUUAUGUGGUAAAGCCUUUGGAUCACCACAUAAUUUAGAAGUACAUAGUAUAGUACAUACCGGCUACAAACCAUUCAUCUGUCGCACAUGUGGCAAAGCAUUUGCACGUAAAGCUGAAAUACGUGAUCAUGAACGCACUCACACCGGCGAACGGCCCUAUCAAUGUGAAUUUUGUGGUGCAACAUUCAGUCAACGUAGUAAUUUACAAUCACAUAAACGUGCCACACAUUAUGAUGAUAAACGUUACAAGUGUAGAGAAUGUAAUAAAGGAUUUAAACGUAGACGUUUAUUAGAUUAUCAUGUUAAAGCUGUACAUACUGGCGAGCGACCAUUUAAAUGUGGGGUAUGUGAUGCUACAUUUGUGUAUCCAGAACAUUUUAAGAAACAUCGACGUAUACAUACUGGAGAGAAGCCAUUCUUAUGUGAAGUAUGUGGAAAAGCAUUUAAUUCAAGAGAUAAUCGAAAUGCACACAGAUUCGUACAUAGUGAUAAAAAACCAUAUGAAUGUCUGGUAUGUGGAAUGGGUUUUAUGCGAAAACCAUUAUUAUAUGCUCAUAUGGAAACUCAAGGACAUUUAAAUGAUACAAUUGUUGUGAAUCAACCACGAUUAACUACAGAUGAUGAUCAAGUGGUUACAUUUAAUUUAGAGGGAGAAAUGGAAAUCAUACAUGAAGAAGAUCAAGAUAUGGAUACUGAAGAUACAAAAUUAUAUAUUACAGAAUUAAAAGAUCAUCAUGUUAUCAUUCAGAAUGCUGAUGAAGGUACACUUAUUGUACCAGAAUCACAUGACAUGAAUCAAGAAGUUAAACAUUUAAUAAUUGAUGGACAGUAUGCUGGCCAAGUGGAUGAUCAAGACGAAGAACAUGUUACCACAGAAAUACAAGAAAUUACCUCCGAACAAUUAGUUAAAGAGCAUAUUUUAAAUGAAAAUGAAGAAUAUGAAGAAAUUGUACAUGAAAAUGCAAUACAAACAAGUAAUGGUUCAUAUCAGAUUGUACAAGUGACAUUAAACAACAGUGACGGUGAAGAACAAGACGCUUGGGUGAAUCUAGUAUCUACUUCUUAGUUCAUUUGUUCUUCGUGAAUUUAAUAAUAUAUUAAAUUUUGUAC